UUGGUCGGCCGCUUUGAAAGAGCAUCGGUUUCCCGGGUAACGGAAUGGCGGCUCCACUUCAGAUGGUCUCCGGGGCCCCUCCUAACGUUUCACACGGACCCUCGCGUACCGAAUCAGGUGCCUUCGACUGUCUCUCGCUCUCAGACAAGUCUCACACCGUCUAAAGAUAGCGUUUUAGAAUCCAGACAUUGCCAUGCAUUGCUGAUGUAAGCUGAUCUGUGUUCAGUGUCUCUGAUGGAGCUGAAAGUUUGGGUGGAUGGAGUUGUACGAGUAGUCUGCGGCUUGUCAGAAGAGACAUCAUGUCAGGACGUAGUCAUUGCACUCGCCCAAGCCAUUGGCCAGACGGGUCGUUACGUUCUCAUUCAGAGACUGAGGGACACAGAGCGCCAACUGCUGGCCAAUGAGCGCCCACUGGAGUCCCUGGCCAAACUGGGCCAACACAGCAGCGAGGUGCAGUUCUUCCUGCGGCGGACCGGUCCCAGUAGCAGUGAUGAGCAAAGUCACAACCGCACUCUGCCUCACUCCAAGCCUUCCACAUCAGAGCUCAAACGGGGGUUGCCGAAGAAAUCCUUCACUUUCAACUUGGGCCCUUCCAGUUCUCCACAUGUGAAAACUAAGGACUCUCGUAAAACACCCUCUCCUGAACAGAGGGCAUCCCCAGUUCCGCACGCGCAGUACCCUCCGGGUCCUUCCAAAGAUGAGGUGCUCCGGCAUGUUCUCCAGCAGCGGGAGCAGCUACGUGCCCUCGAGUCCCAGCUGUUGGUUGUGGACAAGGAAUGCGAGUCUCGGGAAGAGUCAUCUCCUGAGGAAUCACCCCUGCAGUCAGAGAUGGAGGUUUUGGAGAAGACGCUGUGGAAGAACCAACAGGAGUUGGUGGACGAGGAAUUCUGGGAAGAGGAACUAAGGAUAGAGACCGAAAGGGAGCGUGGGAUGAAGCGGAGGAUAGGAGAGCUGCACGCUAAACUGGAUGACUGUGGGCAAAAGUUGCACGAAUUCAACACUCGCGCCUUGCAGCUUGAGGAGGACAUUCAGAGAGAAAUGCAACAGGUGGACGACUUGCCCACCCAGGUCGAUUCAAAAGACUCUUUGGGGGUAGUCGAGGCAGAUCUUCAAAGUCGUCAAAAGCAGGGGGAGGAGUUGGAGGCGGAGCUUUUAGAGCUUGAGAAGGCUUUGGGGAGGGCGGAGACUCUGCUGAAGGCUAAGCAGGAGGAAGUGGAGGAGUUGAAUAAGGAGCUGAGACAGUGUAAUUUACAACAGUUUAUCCAGCAGGCUGGAGCCUUGCCAACUCAUACUCAACCCCGCACAGACCUCAGUGAACACCCAGAACAACCGGACCAGACUCAACAACAGCAGGACAAACACAAAGACAGUGAUUCGCCUCCACGUCCCACGGCCAAGCAGUUCCUGGGUCACCCGCGCAACCUGCAGCACCCCCUGGUGUCCAGCCUGAACCCCGAGGUCCUGACAUCCAGAGAAUCGUCUUGGCGGUAAUAAAGCUGAAGCACAGGGCUAAGGAUUUAUAAUGACUUUCUGCUAAUAUUCGACUCUGCCUAUAUAACCGUUCAUGUUAUAUAUUCACUGUAUAUAUGAAUUAUAUAUUUACUACUUUUUGGUACAUUUCAAAACCUGUAUUUACUGUAAAAUAUUACCAGAUUUUAUCGAGAACGUUUACUUUUGUCUAUGUAUUUAAGUACAAUAAAGACUGUGCGUUGUGUCUCAGAUGAUCCUCGUUUGAUGUCAGUUCUUCAUCUUCUGGGGUUUUCUUUUACUCCUUCACAAAGUUCCCAUGUUAAGUGAGAGCCACCGGGUUAAUAAUAAUAUACUAAAAUCAAUAAUCAUUUAUAUUAGAAGAACACUUCGCGAUCAGAUUUUCAUGCUCAAGCUGACCUGUCCUCCACAAAUGUUAUGUUAAAUUAAGUUUUAAUAUUAUAGUUUUACUUAUGCUUUCAAGUGAUUUCAUGCAUCCAAAAUAAGAU